ACGAAAGAUCCAGCAUCUGGACACUUGAUGUGUGUAGAAGGCCACAUAUACGAGGGAUUUCGUAAUGAGACGCAGGAAGAUGCAAUGCCAAAGCACAUUGGAAAACAGAGAUACAUAAAGAAGGAAGCCACAGAGCGUAGAAAGGUACUCAAAAGCCACAGAUGGUACACUGGCGACAAACUCCGCUAUUUACAUCUACAAGCGCAACAGGUGGUGCUACGAUACCAAGUACGGUCUCUCAUGAGUGCUUGGAAUCUCCCUCCAGAAUUUGAGGCGAUAGUAAAAGAUCUCUGGGCAUUGAGGCUCUCUUUGUUGAAAGAUUUAGUAGCGGCCCCUUUAGAGUUGGGAUUGAAGCAUCAGCGUGGUGAACAUACAGAUGAAGAUGACGACCUUAAGGAUGAUACCAGCGAGAAAGAUGAGAAGGAUGAUGAUGACGAUAAAGAAAGAGUCUCUGAUAUAGGGGAUCCAGAUGAGAUGCUGGAAAAGCCUUGGUCUGACGACGAUGACGAUAUACAGAUGCCACAAACAAUGGAGGAAGCUCUCGAAGCUGCUAAAAAGAUCAAAACUGCACGCAGAACACAAAAUUCUGUCGAUGAAUUUAAUAUGAUAUGGCUACUAGCGACGUUGAAUUUAGCAUUCUGGACACUCCGAUUACCUGUAUUUUACUUGGAUUUCAAGAAUGCAUUAGAAACUCGCGUGCUUCCAUACAUGGAUGCACUUUCUUGUUUACCUGAGACAAUGAAAGAGCGACUAAACCCAGGCUCUCGAUCUUCCUUCCAAGCUGAGGCUGUGCCAUCGUUGCGGAAAAUCCACCGUGCAUCAAUUUACCUAGCUAGACAAUAUGAUGAAAAAUAUAAGAUAACAUUCAACGAUUACAAUUCAGCGCCUAUACUAUGGAGGUGUGUUCAUGAUAUGGGAUUACCUCCUCGCAUAUACACCCUCUGUCAAGAGAUGUUAAAGAGAUUAGAUACGCAUUUCACACUCCUACCUAAACGGAAGGUAGGUAAGAGAAGUAGACAUAGGAAAGGUGAAUCGAGUGCACCCGAAAUUAUCACCAUGUCGGUUGUUGUAACGAUGUGUACAUUAGUGUAUAACCUUGAAAACGAGAUCACUGAUCAGCCUCGUGUGGGAUCCCUCUUGGAUAAAAACAAAUGGUUGUUGUCGUUAGAAGAACAUUUCAAGAAAUCAGACACCAUCUUGAAUGAUCAGAUAGAAAUAAUAGACGCUACCGAUGAGCAAAUUGAAGACUUUUUGGAUUUUAUGGAGAAAACAAUUCCACCUGCGAAUGAGGAAACUGUGAAAACUUGGCCGACGUUUGGUGAGGAUUUAGUCAGCAGAGGUGACCCUAUGAGAGUAUCAGCAAUCGACAAGGAUAAGGACUGGUUUCAUAAGCUCUACGAGGAUCGAAUACCUCUGCAUGACUAUCCAAGUCAAUCAGAUAGUGUUAUAAUACGCUCAUACCACACAUCAGACGUUUUAGGAGAUUAUCCUAAACUUUUAGAUAAAUUAUUGAAAGCAUCUGCAAAAGCAAUUGGAAUAGCGCAUAUAGAAGAAAUUGCACGCCUUGUUGAAUUGUUUCAGAAGAGGUUAGUAUGGAGACGAAAUAAUACAUCUCUUAAUACUCGUAAUUCUCUCAAUUCUCUUAAAAGAGGUGUCUAAACGACAAAUGAAGUCACCUGUGUAAAGAUUCCUUGAUAAUACAAAAAUAUUUAUU